CCGGUGUGUUCCAUGCUUCUUUAUUUACGUUAUCAGGGUGAGGGUAAACGUUGACGUUCAAGUCAAGAGUGCAACUGCAACACAUUUCAACAUGGUUAGAAAACUUAAAUUUCACGAAAAGAAAUUGUUGAAAAAAGUAGACUUUCUAUCAUGGGAAGUGGAAAACAAUCUGCACGAGCUGAAGGUUAUGAGACGGUUUUAUAUUCAGCGACGUGAAGAUUACACAUUGUACAACAAACUGUCCCGACAGAUCCGAGAGGUUUCCAGAAGUAUCAAAGAGAUGGAUCAGAAACACCCCAGGAGAAUCCAGUUCACACAGCAGCUUUUGGAGAAGUUGAGACGACUGCCGGUUCUGAUGGUGCGGAACCACAUGGCGGAGACACUGAAGGCAGCCACCACAUUCAUUGAGCAAGGACACGUGCGUGUUGGUCCUCAUGUGGUGGACGACCCAGCCUAUCUGGUGACAAGAAACAUGGAAGAUUUUGUAUCAUGGAAAGACACCUCCAAGAUCAAGAGACAGGUUCAAGAAUACAAUGACAUCAGAGACGACUUUGACCUGGCAUGAGAACAUUCCAAUGGAGGUCACCAUGCUCUACUUGUAUACUUGUAUAUAGAUCAUGUAUAAAUCAUCACAUUAAAUCUAUCAUCAUGAGGAAGAUU